UACUUGAUGUAUCUAGUGUUAUAUGAAACUUAGCUCCUAUAGUGUGUGUGUGUAUAAAAUGUGCUUGGUUUAUAUACUUCUCCUUCUUGACUCAGUUUAUGGAAACUACCCAUCAUGUGCUCUUCCACAGCCAACUCCCAUUCAAUGGGUUCCUCUACAGCCCGGGGAACAUUGCAGUUUUCAGAAUUCAUGAAGAUUGCGAGGAAGCCAGUAUUUGCACCAAGGAAGGAUGUAGGCAGAUCUCAUGCAGUCAAGACACUGACUGCGAAGUGCAGAGUAAGCUCCCAGUGAGGUGUGACCUUGGGAAAGGGCUCUGUAUCCAAAAACCAUGUCAGGGAGAUGAGGAGUGUAUUAAAGCAGAUCAAAUCUUUAGGUGUUUCUCUAAUGGCUCAUGUAAACCAUCCUUUGGGACAUGUGUAGACUCAUGUUCUUGUAUCUUGGAAAGAAAUAUGACAAGUGGAAAAUCUAAAUGUUUCAAAGGGAACUGUUUCUGCAGACCAAAGCAAAAUGAUUGCAACCCUAAUGAAACAAAGGAUCCAUACAUAAGUCUAGAUAUUUUAGCAGUUCAAAAUCUUUCCACUCCAGCCCCAACAGAAUCCUCUACACUUGUAGAAACUCCAAUUAUUGAGACAACUCCUAGACAAUCAAUAUCAAUAUCUAGCACUUAUCCCUUUACAUCUUCAGUAGCAUCCAGUUUAGAGGAUAGUUUAGCUACUGCACUAUUCAGUUCAACACCUUCUGGCUUGUAUACAAGUUUGUCAACACCUUCUAGCUUGUAUACAAGUUUGUCAACUCCUUCUAGCUUGUAUACAAGUUUGUCAACACCUGCUAUUAGUAUAUCUACGCCUGCUAGUUUGGACACUAGUUUGUCUACAUCAUUAAUGGACUCAACCGAGACAACACCUUGUCCUGUAUGUGAAAACGUUGAUCUAGCAUCCACUACAACAAAGCCAAAUGUAACCAUGACUAUUUAUUUCAAAAUUCCCGAUUUGACCACUGCCAAUCAACAAUAUCAGACACAAAAACCAUCUUGGUUAUCUCCAGUUGAACAGAAUAACCCCCAUGAAGGACAUGCAAUGCCAGAAAAUUCAGCUUGGACUACAUCUCAUUCAUCAGGGCCCCAGGAACAUACAUCGUGGACACCUAAUUGGAUAACGACUACCAAUUCUUUUUGGAACAAAUGGGCCCCAACUUCUAGUUCUGAUUCUGUGUGGGAAUCAAGCACAGUAAGCUCCUGGCAACCUGUCCUCUCCUCCCAAGGUGAUGUACCAGCAGGAUCCCCCCAGGGAGAUAUCCCACCUAGUGUAUCCCCCCAAGGUGAUGUACCAGCAGGAUCCCCCCAGGGAGAUAUCUCACCUAGUGUAUCCCCCCAAGGCAUUGAAGCACCUGGUGUAUCCUCUCCGCAACCACCACCUGCAGUUGAGAGUCCACAAGAUACUAGAAUAGAUCAAAGUACAUACAGCUCUCUAUGGAAAUAAAACUGAAUUCGAUCCAAGCCAAUGUAGAUAUGAAAUAAAUUGUGUAAACUGUCAAACAAUUGAUUUUAGAAAAUUAUGAAUAAAAGCAUUAAUCAAUA